AUGGCCCGGGAGGGGGACCUGUCUAAGGUCGUAGAAGUUGCACUUAUUCUCGAAGAACUAGGCGUCCCACAUGAGCAGAAAUUCUUGUCACUCACAGACGUCGACGAUGAAUUUUAUCUCGCUCCUAAUCCGAAUGGCAGGGUACCCCCUACAGUCCAGUAUUCUGAUACUGGCUUGACGACAGGGGCGUAA